AUGUUAGCCCUAGCUGAUAACAUUUUACGUAUAAUAAAUUUCCUAUUUUUGGUUAUUUCCAUCGGUUUAAUCAGUUCGUUGUUGAAUACUCAAGAUAGGCACAGUUCAAGAGUAAACUACUGUAUGUUUGCUUGUGCAUAUGGUAUAUUCACCGAUUCGUUGUAUGGUGUCUUUGCCAACUUUAUUGAACCAUUGGCAUGGCCACUAGUUUUGUUCACACUGGACUUUUUGAACUUUGUUUUCACAUUUACCGCCGGUACCGUAUUGGCUGUUGGUAUUAGAGCUCACUCAUGUAACAACAGUUCAUACGUUGACAGUAACAAGAUUACUCAAGGUUCCGGUACCAGAUGUAGACAAGCUCAAGCCGCUGUUGCAUUCCUCUACUUCUCUUGCGCCAUUUUCUUGGCCAAGACCCUCAUGUCUGUUUUCAACAUGAUCUCCAACGGUGCCUUUGGCUCUGGUUCUUUCUCCAAGAGAAGAAGAACUGGACAAGUCGGUGUUCCAACCAUUUCCCAAGUCUAA